AUGGAUGAUGACAAUCCAUCUGAGGAUGAGAAAGGCCUUACUGACGAGGAACCUGCCCCUCGUACUCCACCACCCUCUCCACCCAGGAACCACUAUCAGCCAUACCACCAUCAUGGCAAGGGUAUCUUUUUGAUGAGGAUCCCAAGGAUGAGUGUUCCCCCAGUGUACCACUUGGACCUUCCAUUCAUGUUUCCCAACCCGCUUAGGAUAGUAGAGUCUUAUAAAGCUCUACCACAUGUACCCCGCAUGGAUAACCUUGAUAACGACCCGAUAUCUCGCCUGAUGACUCAGGGCAACCGAUUAUCUGACACAGUCUAG